CCACUUCCCUCCUGUUUCCUGGACCUUGGACCAGUGGCCAGCGUGAGUUGGAAGGACCUUCAUUAUAUCAACUGCCUGCGAAAAGCCUGGGAACAUGGCCGGCAGGGCUGUAAAGCUUGCUUCGUGGACCAGUGUGGCUCUUGCUGCUUCUGGCUUCUACCUCUACAAUAACAAGUAUUUGGACCCGAAUGACUUCGGCGCUGUCAGGGUGGGCAGAGCAGUUGCUACGACAGCUGCCAUCAGCUAUGACUACCUCACCUCCCUGAGACAUGUUCCUUAUGGGUCGGAAGAGUACCUGCAGCUUCGAUCCGAGGUCCACCUCCGCUCGGCCCGGCGCCUCUGUGAGCUCUGCUGCGCCAAUCGAGGCACCUUCAUCAAGGUGGGCCAGCACCUGGGGGCUCUGGACUACCUGCUGCCCACGGAGUACACCAGCACGCUGAAGGUGCUGCACAGCCAGGCCCCGCAGAGCAGCAUGCAGGAGGUCCGCCAGGUCAUCCGAGAGGACCUUGGCAAGGAGAUCCACGACUUGUUUGUGAGCUUUGACGACACCCCUCUGGGGGCUGCUUCCCUGGCCCAGGUCCACAAGGCUGUGCUGCGUGAUGGGCGGACAGUGGCCGUGAAGGUCCAACACCCAAAGGUGCAGGCUCAGAGCUCCAAGGAUAUUCUCCUGAUGGAGGUGCUUGUCCUGGCCGUGAAGCAGCUCUUCCCGGAGUUCGAGUUCAUGUGGCUGGUGGAGGAAGCCAAGAAGAACCUGCCCCUGGAGCUGGAUUUCCUCAACGAGGGGCGCAACGCCGAGAAGGUGGCGCAGAUGCUCAAGCACUUUGACUUCUUGAAGGUUCCCCAAAUCGACUGGGAGCUGUCCACCAAGAGGGUCCUGCUGAUGGAGUUUGUGGACGGUGGGCAGGUCAAUGACAGGGGCUAUAUGGAGAGGAACAAGAUCGACAUCAAUGAGGUCUCGCGCCACCUGGGCAAGCUGUACAGUGAGAUGAUCUUUGUCAACGGCUUUGUGCACUGUGACCCCCACCCGGGCAACGUGCUGGUGCGGAAACAGCCUGGCACCGGGCAGGCCGAGAUUGUGCUGCUGGACCACGGGCUCUACCAGGUGCUCACGGAAGAGUUCCGCCUGAAUUACUGCCACCUCUGGCAGUCUCUGAUCUGGACUGACAUGAAGAACGUGCAAAAGUACAGCCGGUGCCUGGGUGCUGGCGAGCUCUACCCCUUGUUUGCCUGCAUGCUGACGGCCCGCUCCUGGGACUCCGUCAGGAGGGGCAUUGGCCACAGUCCAGUCACCACCACGGAGGAAUCGGAAAUCCGGGACCAUGCGGCUAGCUACCUUCCCCAGAUCAGCCAGCUCCUCAGCCACGUGCCGCGCCAGAUGCUGCUCAUCUUCAAGACCAACGACCUGCUGCGGGGCAUCGAGGCCGCCCUGGGCACCCGGGCUAGCGCCAGCUCCUUCCUCACCAUGUCGCGCUGCUGCAUCCGGGCGCUGGCCGUGCACAAGAGGAAGCACACCCGCUCGUUCUUCAGAAAGACCCAGAUCUCCUUCAGCGAAGCCUUCACCCUGUGGCAGAUCAGCCUCCAUGAGUUCAUGCUGAGCGUGCAGGGGUUAAAGCUGGCCAGCUGGCUCGUGGCCCUGCUUUGCAGGGUGUUUCCUGCUUCCCGCUGAGUAGCCUUGCUGUCCCCCGUCCCUUUCUGGUGUGACCCUGUGGUGGGAGAGGCCUCCUUUCACUCCUGUUCAGCGGCCAUGUCUACAUCGUCCCAUUGGAGCCCAGGCCACUCUCCGUUGCACCUGGGACCUCCACCUUUGGGACGCCUACCCGCACUGCUGCCCUUCUCUCAGGGCGCACAGCUGCAUCCUGGGAUAGAUAUCUCUCCUCCUGCGGGAGAAAGGGACGGGGAGAAGGCUCAGCAGUCCGUCUUCCUACUCCUGGUAGGUGCCCUUGGGUUGAGUGUUCCCGCACUUCCGUUAACCCUUUGGGGGCAGGCCGUGUAUCCCCUUAAGAGCGAACUUCAGUGGUAGGGCAUUUGGGUUUUGUUGGAGGUGAGUAUGGUCUCCGAACUUGAUAGAGAACAGGUUCCUCCUCCGUCCCACCACACUCCCUAGAGGCGCCACCCUUGGUAAGGCUCUUCGGCGUCUUCAGACAGUCUCCGCUGCAGCCACAAGCUCCCUGGGAUCCCUUGGGGGCUCCACUUCUUGUACUGUGGUUUCAAUAAAAGAGCCCUGGAGGGUUGCAGGACUAGUGCAUCCUAACUCGCUGGCCUCCCUCCCAACGCCAACCACUUACUGCAUCCAGAAACCGCUUCGUGGCCCUGGGCAGGGUCUGUCUUUUAAUUCCAGCCCCCUGGUUGCUGCUUCCCUUGGGCUUCCCAGGGGGGACUGAGGAGGAAUUGGGCUCAACCUGGCUUUGGGUGAUGGGGGUUUUUAACUCUACGUUGAGGGCGGAGCUAGAAGCCAGUGUCCACGUGAUCUGCUUGCCCCUGCCAUCCUGCCAGUCUUCCACUCUGGGGCCACUUCCUGCUGCUUGCAAUUUUCUCUAUCCUUUGAAGGGUUAAGAAGCCCAAGACCAGGGACCCAAGAGCCUCAGCUGAGUCUCCUGACCUUGCUUCUCCUGGAUUUCCACCUCCUUCCCUCUGACCUCGGCACCUGCCUUGUUCUACCUGUUGCUUUCUGACGUAAGCCCUUGGUCUGGCUAGAGAUUCUUCCUGGCCCCUUCGUCCUUCUGGAGACGGUGACUAGGGCUCGACUCAGAAGUCUCCACCAUCCUUGUCUGGACUCCUUCCUUCUACCUAUUGCCUCCUGCCAGCCCUGUUCCUCCCCCCGCUCAGUCAUUUGCUUCUGCUUCUCGGAUCCUCCAAGUGCUGGCUCCACCACCUGUAUCUGUCUGGUCUCUAGGCCCCCGAGAGCCCAGGUUGGGCAGCUCACAGCCCUCUCACCAAGCACCAGCGUUCACCGCCACUAAUUGUACACGGACCUUUCUGGUCUUCACUCCCCGCCUUCACACGGACAGGGAAACCCUGACCAUGCGUCUCACCUCCUGUUCGCUGCUCUGGUAGCACAGGCAGCAGGUUCUUCCAGCGCCCAGAGACAAUUCACAACCCCUUUAUUUCCUGAAAGGAGGAAUCGUUCUUAGUGACCAGUUGGAUGCACCCAAGGACCUGCGAGAAUAAUUUGCCAGAUCUAUUAUUAAUCAUGAGGCUGCAUGCUGCAUAUUAUAUUUUAUGGUGCCUUUUAUAGUGAAGUAAAUGUAAAUGUCCUUUCUGUUCAA